UAAAAGAAACGUUAGCGAGUGAGAGAGAGAGAGUUAUAGAGAGAAGUGCAAUGGCAGAGAAAGGUGAGGAUGUGAAGCUUCUAGGUUUUUGGGCAAGCCCUUUUACUCGUAGAGUCGAGAUGGCUCUCAAACUCAAAGGUGUGCCUUAUGAUUACUUGGAGCAAGAUAUAGUGAACAAGAGCCCUUUGCUUCUCCAGCUAAAUCCGGUUUACAAGAAGGUUCCGGUUCUUGUCCACAAAGGUAAACACAUACCUGAGUCACAUCUGAUCCUCGAAUACAUCGACCAAACAUGGAAGCAAAAUCCAAUCCUUCCUCAAGAUCCUUACGAGAAAGCCAUGGCUUUGUUCUGGGCCAAGUUCGUUGAUGAACAGGUCGGACCAGUAGGGUUCAAGGCUGUGGUAAAAGCAGAGAAGGGAAUAGAGGUUGCAAUCGAGGAGGCUCGAGAACUCUUUACUUUUCUUGAGAAGGAAGUCACCGGAAAAGAUUUCUUCGGGGGCAAGACACUUGGAUUCCUGGACAUGGUCGCAGGAAGUAUGAUCCCGUUUUGUAUAGCUCGAAGUUGGGAAGGUAUGGGAAUUGAUAUGAUUCCAGAAGACAAGUUUCCAGAACUAAACAGAUGGAUCAAGAAUUUAAAAGAAGUUGAGAUCGUGAGGGAAUGUAUUCCUCCUAAGGAAAAGCAAAUUGAGCAUAUGAAGAAAGUCGCAGAACGAAUCAAAUCAGCUUAAUUAAGAGACAACAUAUGUUUGUAUAAUUAAUAAUCUCGUUUUACAUAAAGUUAUAUGAACAACUAGUGCUUUUAUUAAAUAUUUUUAAUAUCAUAUUAACUAUUAUAAAUUUUUGAAUGUAGUAUUAUUCUGGUUCUUACAAA